AUGCCUUACACGCCUCCCGCAAACCGUUCUCCUGCGUCCUCAGCCCCCUCUUCGCCAAGUACCAGCCGGAGGUCCUCGUUCCAUGGCACGGGCAUGACGGCUGGCGGCAGCAGCGCCGGCUCUCCAUCCCGACCAGCCCUCCCGCGAUCCGCUUCAUAUUUGUCGAAACACCGGAGAGCACCCUCGGCAGUUGUGGGAACAGGACCAAUAACCAAUGGCUCGACUCCGGACAUCACCCCUCCUGGGACGUCGCAUGAUCUUCAACGCAUGGUAGCAAGUCAGAACGCAGGCCCGAUCCGACAAUCACCUCCCCCAAUUGGGGAUGCUCGAUCGAUGCCUCCAGGCGCUAUCAUCUCGCCGCCGGAAUCCCAAUCCUCUAGCGAAGAUGAGGGAGCGACAGGCGACAGCCGCGGACGCCAGAUCGAAAACCUCAAGGAAUUGCAAGAUGCAAUCAGUGCCAUUCCCCAACACCGGGAGAGUUCUCCUAACAGACGGACACCUGCCAUAGAUGUCUUGGUGCUUCCCUCGCAAAUUCCAAAUAUUGUCGAAGCAGCACCACGUAGUUUGGAUGGCGAAGUUGUCGAAGGCAUACUCAAGUCUGGUUCUCGAAAGAUUGCGCAUUCUCGUGCCAGCACUGAGCCCUUCGUUUCCAUUUCCAUGUCCAAAUCAGCCGGUGCGUCUCCUACGAUAUCGGACGAAGACGAGGAUGAAGAUACCGACGAGCCCCCGAGGAAGCCCCAAAUGGUUCGCAAAAAGUCUGGCGAACUGGUCCGUCCAGCACUUAGACCGUCAUCAUCCCAACGAAGACCGUCGAGCAUGCCAGGCACCCCGACUUUCUCCAAAGCAGUCCAUUUUGAUUCCCAUUUGGAACAUGUGCGGCAUUUCUUACAAGUAGAUCGGCCAUUGGCAGUCAGCGCGGGUUCAUCGCCCGUCGAGAACUACGAGAGCGAUACUGAGUACCCGUUUAACACCGAUGACAAGACUUCAGCUCGGACGCCGCCGUUCGAAUGGGAUAUUGCGGUGAACAACUUCCCUGCUGAUACACCCAUACGCAAAUCUCUGCCUGCUCGACUGGACCGUGUAUGGAUGUCUAGUGAUCAGAAGAGCCUGGUUGGCUCGAUAUCCGUCGCGAACCUGGCGUUCCAGAAAACCGUUGUCUGCCGAUUCACCUUUGAUUACUGGAAGACCACGUCUGAAGUUGCGGCCGAAUACUCCCACGAGAUUCGUCCCCGAGAUACUGAUAUCGGCCACGACCAGUUUCAGUUCAACAUCAAGCUAUCGGAUCUUGCCAAUCUCGAAUCCAAGACUCUUUACUUUUGUAUCAAAUAUUGCGUCAACGGCGUCGAGUACUGGGACAAUAACAAUGGCGUCAACUUCCAAGUCGACUUCAAGAAGAAAGCUUUGCCACAGAACGGCAAGAAGAACUUUCAGGGUGCUUCAUCCAGGCCGGCCAACUCUCUGCCACGCAGUACUCGUAGGACGAACCCUUCGGCUGCGGCACGACCCAUGUCCAUGCCUGUCGGUAUCAUGGAUGAAUUUGGCCACGAUUCGAAGUUCGUCAAUUUUGAACAACCCAUUCACGAAUAUCUGGGCGAGUCUAGACCAACAGGUCUGCGUCUCAAGAGCUCAAAGUCUACCACCAGCCUCCCCAGUGACAAUUUGACCAACCGUUUAUCUGCUCCUAGUGGCCUUGCCUUUGCCAACCGCUAUGACUUUGGUGCAUCCUUGACUGCUGCCAUGCAAGCACAAAAGGAUCCAAAUGGCAGUCCGCGGGGAGAUGGUCUUUACAUGAAGCCAAACAAGAAGGGAUCCUACAUCCAUCCGAUCCAGACUAGUCCUCCCCGGCCAGGCCCUCCAGGUCCCACCAUGGCACCUGCCGUUGUCCCGCAGGCCUCCAAUACCCAUUCUCCUGCCUCCGCUACCAUUGCCUCGGCAUCGUACGAGGAGAUCGUCAACAAAUACUGUUUUUUCAAUGGUUCGAAGCAGUCCAGUCCCCAAAUCAAGGACGGAACCCUGCAGAGUGGCCGAUAUGACGGUGCUGGCGAUGAGUUCUCCACUCGAUACAGCAGCGCCAAUUCGAGCUCAAACAGCAGCCCAGAGAUGCCUCCUAAGGCCCAGCAUCACUCUCUGCGCUAUUCUAUCCACAAUAACUUGAACCCGUACUUCCAGAACCCCCAUGUCACCAUAGGAGCUUCGCCCGCCGAGUCGCCAAUAGGUAGCCCUUCAGCUACCUCGCGUCAGUCUUUGAGCCCUUCUUCGUCCAUGACGCCAACCGCUCGAUCAGGUCCCCCGACUCCCAUGCCAGGUAGCUUUUCUCUCGCUGGUACGUCGAUAGGUGGUUAUACCAUAGACACACCUUCAUUCAAUCACGCUCAGCACCAUGCAGAUCGCUUUCCCUUCACAGCAGACGCUCAUACUUCGCCAGCGAUCCGAGGAUGA